AUGGCGGACACGCCUCCGGACUACUCACCCGGUGAAAACACUCCCACUGCACCGGCUCCUGUGCCACCGAACCGCUCCCCCACUACCGUGCACUCGUCGCCAGCCGCGGCAGCUGACGGCCCAGCCGCGCCGGCGACCCCGGACUGGUUGCUUAGCAAUGAUGCGCCUUCACCGCCGCCGUGUCCUUCCACAGAUGCGUGCCCGGUUUGCCUGUGCGAGUUCCCUACCCACCCCCGAGGCCCGGAAACGCUGUUCCGUUGGCCCCAAUGUGGCCAUGCAUUACAUUUGGGUUGCGUUGCCCACCUCGUCGCCAACGUCCGCGACUUGCGUUGCCCCUCUUGCCGUGCUCGGUGGCCGCCCGAAGCCGCCGAUGCGUUCACCAGGGCAUGCCGUGCACAUGGUGUCGACGCGCCGCAGCCCGCCCCGGACCACGACACGACGACCCGGCAAUACCACAACUCCAUGGCACCGCGACCACCUGCACACAUCCUGCCGUUUUGUUGUCCGAGACUGUUCCUCGCAGACUCCGCGCAUGCCACCUCAGACACCGCAUGGCAGGAAUUGCCAGAUCGCCACAUGCACUGGGCGCCUGUCCACUCCCGACAAACCGGGCACUGGAGGCCGGAGUGGGUUUGCAUGCGCUGCAAUGCUACCGUCGAUGAGGGCCAUCCUUUGUUGCAGCACGUGCCGGAACCACCAACGUGCCCUACUCAUGGCCCCCGGCGGCUCGCGCUGGACUUGCGCGAGUUUAGCCGCGGGUGGGUCUGUUGCCGAGGGUCCCCUCCGGAAGUGCUGCCAUGCCCAGGCCAACGCGUCCCACUCCCAGAGCCGCAUCCACCUGCCCUGCCUGUUGGUGCUCCGGAACAACCCGCACUAGUGUCGACUGCCCCUCCUGCUGAGGCGGCGUGGUUCAACCAGGGGCCUCCCGACAACUUAGCUGCCGGCGGCACCAAUAGCUGGUUAUUCGUGCCGUUGCUACAUGCAGCCGUUGGCCGUCUCCACUCCUGGGCGCUGGCAGCGUGGGAGGCCCAUGCUCAUUAUGCAUUGCUGUGGCGAGGCGCUCUGGGCACCCUUCGCCAAGCACCGCCCGUCGAACCUUCCGCAUUGGUGCAUGCACUGCAUACUUUACAACAACUUGCUGCCCAGGACGGACGAGCUUUGCCGUUGCCUGAAGCCCAGCUGUUGCUAACCCUUGCUGCCGAGGCCAACCGCCUCCCCGACAACACGUUGGUGCAUUUGUUGUGGGCUUGGCAAAUGGUCACCUUGCCCGACGGUUACAUCCCAGCAACGGUGCAGGAGGCACUGCUACAGGUCUUCAUGGGCGAGAUGGCGGCGUCAGCACUCUUGCAAGACGUCGUCGCACUGCACCGAGAAGGCGCCGGCCUUCCAACCCCCCCUGCACCCCGAGUGGGCUCCCCCACUACCUCGCAUGGCAACCCGUGUGGCGACCACGCCGACCCACAACCGGUGCUUCCCAAUGAAUCUCCCAGCUCAAGCAGCUCCAGCACCUCCAGCGAGGCUGACCAUCAGCCCAGGCCCCAUGCACCGUUGCACGGAAGCGAGCCCGGCACUGACUCCCGGUUGCGCUACCGGGCAUCCUUGGCGAACCUUGACCCUUUCGUAGUUGAGGAUGUCUUAGCGCGACCCUGCUGCCUGUUCCGGGUCCCGCCGCAUUUCUGUAAAGGUGUGUUGCGAAGCUCCCUUCACUUAGCUUUGGAUUUGAUUAGGUCUUGUGCCCGUGCCCCAGCUGGACCCGAUUUGGUCCGGGCCUGGAAGCUUUGGUUCCUCCUUCCCCGCAUGCUGUUGCACAGGCCGGCAGCUGGUGCCCGUGUUCCAAAGGCUGACCUUUUGGCCCGAUUCAAUGCAUUCUCACGGGGUGACUGGGCCUCAUUGCUGCAGGAGGCCCUUUCCCAACCUCUGCCCGAGGGGGCCACUGGCCGCCACCCGGCAGCUUCGGGUGAUGCGCGGGCUCGGCGAGCAGUGCACCUCGCCCACCUUGGGGAGCUGUCCGCCGCCCGGCAAGCGUUGACAGCCGACCCGCUCGCGCCAACCACCGAUGCCACCUUCGAGCAGCUCUCUGACCCAAACCGUCGCCCGUCCGAGCCGUACGAACCACUUGCCCCAGACUUGCUAGCGUGGGAACCAGCGUCGCCCGUUGCACUUGACCGCAGAGCGUUGCUCACCAACUUGCGCCGGGCUCGCAAGGGUGCUGCCCCCGGGCCUUCUGGGUGCACUGCCGAAAUUGCGCGUGUGGUCUUGGAUGCGGAGGAGUCCAUGCAGGCCUUCGCUGAUGUUGCGACCCUGCUUGCGCAAGCGCAAAUCCCUGCUGCCAUCUUGCCGGCGUUUGGACUUGGUCGGGUUGUUGCCCUGAGUAAGCCGAGUGGGGGUACCCGAGGGUUGGUGAUCGGAGACUUCUUCAGGCGCAUCGUCGCGCGCACACUCGCUCAGCAAUUUGGGGGCGCCGUCGAGGCAGCUUGUCCACACCAGUAUGCCCUCGGCAAUCGUGCUGGUUUGGAUGCAUUGGUGCAUGCUGUGCAGGCUAGGUGCGCUCAUGAUCCGAACCUCACUGUCGUUUCCUUGGAUGCAUCCGCCGCCUACGAUGGCAUCAGCCGCCAGUCGAUUCUUCAGGAACUCCGGUCCCAGCCUUCUGCAGCAGCGCACGAGGGCGCGAAGGUCUUCCCGAUUCUUCCAGCAAUGGAGACCCUGCGGCUGACUCGAGCCCUGGACACCGACUAA